UGAUUGGCGAAGAGGUUGGGGUGUGAUGUUGAUUUGAGCAAUUGGGUCGUAGGGCUAAACCCAUGUUGUGUACUUAAAUCGUUGAUGAGUUUACGUAAUAAUGUUUAGAAAACCUGAAAGCGAGGAUGGCGAUUGUGUUCUGCUGUGUGAAAAACUGUUUUGAUGGGAUGGGAUUUUCAGCAACACCAGCGCUUAGGCGAGAAACUAAUCCCAUCACACUAGAUACUAAUCACAUUGGUCAUGAAGUUGUGAUUGUAAAAAACGGAUUGCGAAUAUGCGGCAGUGGCGGUGCUAUCACAAACGCACCACUAGUACAGAGCAAAUCCUACUUUGAAGUGAAAAUUCAGCAGUCUGGUGUAUGGGGAGUAGGGUUGGCAACUCUCAACACUGACUUAAACAGGUCACCUGGAGGAAUGGAUGCAGGAUCAUGGGUAUUUUGUUGGGAUGGAGUAUUCAGACAUAACAACACUGAAAUACAAAAAGCUCUGGAGCAUGCGAAUGAAGGUGAUAUUCUGGGUGUCUCGUAUGAUCAUGUGGAACUCAACUUUUAUCUGAAUGGAAAAAAUAUGGACAGUCCUGUAACAGGGGUCAAAGGACAUGUUUUUCCAGUAUUAUUUGUUGACGAUGGUGCCAUUUUAGACAUUGUGUUGGACAACUUCAAUUAUCCGCCGCCUCAAGGUUUUGAAAAAAUUAUGUUGGAGCAGUCCUUACUUUAGAGCACUUCUGGUGCCAGUGGUGGUCUUCAGAAGUGGCCAUGAAGCACUGAUACCUUUAUUCAUUAUUUUUACACAGCAAAUAAGACUUCAUUGAGUUUAGAGAACUUUAAUAAAGUGGAGAACAUGAUUCAAGCUUAAGUUUUUCACAGAUACGAGAAUCUCUUGAAAUGCCCACUGCAUUACCAAACAAUAUCAACAAUUUAAAGAAUGGGAACUAGCUAAAGCUGUUAGAAUGUGUGGAAUGUGUGUCUGUGGGACAGGGGGUGGGGAGAUAUACUUAACGUAAUACAUCUUCCGUGAAGUUAAAUAGAAUCAGCUUAAACAAGCAUUGUGAUUAAAGAUAUAAGAGGAAAAUUUAUGUUAAUGGAAACGUAAGGUUUCAGAUAACCAGGUCUAUGAACUUCUAAAUAUAUAACAUCAUUCCAUGUAUAUGAAACAAAUAGGCUGAUCAUUGUAAGUAAGGAGUUAAAAGAACUGAAACAAAAGAACAAGAGAAAAUAACAGGAUGGUCAAAAAACCAAAAUAAUUUGUGAAUAGAAAGUAGAGGAAAACAGCCAGUGAAGCAGUUUUUAAACAAAAUAGUGUUCUGUAGGUAAGUGCAGUGAGUCACCAUGAUACAGACAAUAUGUUGCUGUACAUUGUAGCCUUAAGAGUGCAAUGAACAAAUACGACGUCCCCAUAACUAAGGAAUGAAGACUGAGCCUACUGUUUCUGGAUGUGAUGAGCAGUCAGUAUUAACUAGAGAAACAGUUUUACAGGAAAGACACAAUUUAUUUUCCCCCUAAAAUCCUGCAGCCUUUUGAGCGGUGUUCUGUUAGUUUCAUUUUUCACCUUUCCCUCCAGUCCCUCCGUCACUCGUGCCAUUCCAAAUAGGUUCCUCAGCUAACAAUUCGCACUGCUGUGUACUAUAAAACAGUGUUAGCGUUUAAUUCAGUUCUCACGUUGUUUAUUAUCUACAUUGAUAUUAUACACUUUUCUCUCUAACAUAACAUCUUUUCGUAUCAUCCCUGUUGUGAAAUAUUAUUCUUUCACUUUUAUGGUAACAAAUUUCCAAAGUAAUUUAUGUAUCUAUUUUUAAUUACCUUAAUUUUACUUUCAUUUAAUUUUUUUUCCAUCUAUGACCAUGUUGGUGAAUAUCACUGCUUUUCAUAAUGUGUGUUGUUUUGGCUGGUUGUGAAUGUGUGUGUUUCUUCGAGCUCUACUGCAGUGACAAACCCCUCUCCUAUGUUUCACUCAUUUCCUCUUUACACAAAGAUAGAGCUCUUCAAGGUUUACUCUCUUUUUAAAAAUUUUUCUAUGUGUAUACAUUCUAUUAAUGUUGUUUGUUUUCAACACAGCAUUUCUAAACCAAAUCUUUCAUCCUCUCUUACCACAUGAAUUAUUCCAUUAUAGUAUUUUUCUACAUAUUAUUCCGUGUGUAUUCUUGGGUUUGCACACUAUGACAGAGCUUCUUCAUUCCAGUAGACUAGCUGUCUCUUAUCUACAGAUUAGUAGCCAGGCAAAAGUGAAUCUCUGCUUCUUAGUAAAUGUAUUAUUUAAACAGUAACUUAAUUUGUAUUUGUCAAUGUGCAGCCAUGGACUAGCUUUAUCAGUCCAAUUAUUUAUGGUCUAUUAAUUUCAUUUUUAUUUAAAAACAAUGUACAUUGUUUGUAACUUAGUUAUGACAAUUUAUAUAAUCAGCUGUGUUAUCUUUGUGUUUGUUAUUUUUAUUACCUUACAGCAAUAUUGAUCCUUAUUUUUAUACAAAUAAUGUAUUUAAAAUCAAAAUGACAAAGUCAAUCUACUUCUUGAUGUGUACUGUACAAAUUAGGAGACAGUAUUAAUUAAUAAUUAUUAUUUUCUGCUGAAA